CACGGAAGAAUCGAGCCGAGAAAAAAUGGCUACAAUAUUUAUUCGCAAAAUAAUUGUGUUUAAUCACUAAUGUGUAGCUUAAUUUAGUUGCAUACUAGUUCAUAAACUCACUAAGAUGCCCUUCGUGAAGGACCCAUGUGGAAUUGCGUGUCUACUCGUGACCUACAUGGCGAUUAUCUAUGCGGACUACGUUGUGAUAAAGUGGAUCAUUCUGCAGAGUCUGCAAAAUAGUUUCUGGGCACCUCUCCAUGUGAUUCUCUUCAACACGAUUGUCUUUCUCCUCGCGAUGGCGCACUUGCGGGCAGUCUUCUCAGAUCCGGGCACAGUGCCUCUGCCCCAGAAUCGUCUGGACUUCUCUGAUAUCCACACGACUGAGAAGGGUGAGCUGGAGAAGGAGGAGUGGACCGUGUGCACGCGCUGUGAGACCUUCAGGCCCCCACGAGCCCAUCAUUGCCGCAUCUGCAAACGAUGUAUUCGGCGUUACGACCAUCACUGCCCAUGGAUCAACUCAUGUGUGGGCGAAAACAAUCAAAAAUACUUCCUACAGUUUCUAGUCUACGUCAUCAUCCUUGCAAUCUACUCCAUCGUUCUGAUUGUGAUAUCUUGGGUGACGCCCUGCGAGACGUGCUCAACGGACACGGCGGAUUCCCAGUCGCGUCUCCUGCACAGCGUGCUUCUGUUCCUGGAGUCGACGCUCUUCGGGCUCUUCGUGAUCGCCAUCAUGGUGGACCAGAUGCAUGCCAUUCUGUAUGACGAGACAGCUGUGGAGGCUCUGCAGCAGAAAGGAACUUAUCGACCGUACAGACCGAAGCUGGCCCUUCUGGCAGACGUGUUCGGCCAGGAGCACCCGCUUCUCUGGAUGCUUCCAUGUGCCACCCUCAAUCGCAAGUAUGACACGCCCCUCCUCAGUCAGCAGGACAUCUGAGACAAGCACUCUCUUCUGGCAUUCCACUGAGGUGUACGUAUUUACCAUUUUCAGCUUUAAUUUAAGGGUUUCUGUUGGUUUACCUUUCGUUGUUGGGAUUAGUUCUAUUGGAGAACACGUAGGAAAGAGAGCUUAUGCGCAGUCCAAUAAAGUUAACUGCACUUUGCGGCAAAAUUCACGUUUCUGGCACGGGUUUAGCGGUCAAAAAGUACUAUUAUAUGUAAUGCCUUGAAAAAGCGACAAAAUUGGCUAUUCUUAAGUAUACGCGUUAGAUUACUAAUCAUCACUGCAUUUCCUUUGACGAUUGCGUUGUUGUAUUUUCCUUAUUCCUGAAUGGAUCAAUGUGUAUUAGCUUCCAAAGUGACAUACAUACCAUUAUUGAUAUUUCGAUUUAAUAACUUUUGAGUGUGUGUUUAAAAACACCAAACAGGGAUGUGAAACAAGAGAUGGCAAAUAGAUGUGAGACAUUUUCGUUGUACUAUUUAUUUUGAUAAGUUAUUGGGAAACUCAAAUCUUCUAUGGCAAACAAAACAAGUCACAAUUUUUGGGUAAUGAAUCAAAAUCGUAAUUGUAGCAUCUACUAUAGCUUUUAUAUCUAUGGGAUAAUAAGAUAGUUGUAAAAUGUAAGUCAAUAUCAAUGUGAAAUAUUUAUUUUUAUCUAAUGCAAUAAGGAAAGUGAAUGGGAAUUAGGCAAUAGAUGGGAAGGAUAAUAGCUGGUCUAUUUGAUACGAGUAGGUUAGAGACAUAGAUCAAUUUUUCCACAAUUGCACGUGACUUUCGUUCGAUAGUUUGUUAAUAGUGAAAUGCCAUUUCAAUUUGCUGAAAUAACCCAAUUUUGCCAGAGAGAUUAAAUAAUGUAGAGAAGUAGUGCAAGUGCUUAAAUGUGAACCCAGGACUUUGAUGUGUUACCUUUUAUCUCAAUUCAUGUAUGACUUUGGUACAAUUUUCGGGAAACUUGUGUUCAAUGAAUAAAGCAAAUUCUAAAAUAAUUAGCUUAUAUGUUCCAAAAGGUGUCUUUCAAGGUUAGUUGAUUUGUCUUGCUAAGCAAAAUUGAAAUUUUCUUUUCAAUUUCAAUUGAAGUAUUAUUAUAAUAGAGUCCAAAAGUGAGAUUUUUGAAAUAUUGUGCUUUGCCUUUUUAUCAUUUAAGGCGUACUAAAUGUCUUGUCUAACCAGACACAUUUAUGUGUGUAAUCUUAUGAAGAAAUAUACAUGAUUGUUUUAUAAA